GCACCACGCAGAGUUGGAUUAUAGUGUUGCGCGCUGGUCUUCCACGGGGCUUUUUCCCUCUCUCACGUUGCCUGCACCCUCGCCACUGACCGGCCAUUGAUACAUGAUCGAAAUCAAUUGAUACAUGAUCGGAAUCAAUUGAUACAUGAUCGGGAUCAAUGCCUCCUGCACCACGGUGACCUCUGCUGAGCUUUUGGGAAACAACCGAGUGCUUCCUCGCCGGACGCGUGUUGUGAAUUAAUAACCAAGACAGCCUCACCUGGAGAGUGUGUGUGGACCGGAGUGUGUGUGUGACAGAGAGUGUGUGUGUGUUUCUCUGGAUCAGGUCAAGGUUUGAGGUGUUCCACCAGCACGCGCACAUAUUUAGACUGCAUACACACGAGUGUAUAGCGCACACCGGGGAGAUUUGCGCACCGCAUGCCGGGGACAUGUGGAAGUUUGCUCCGCUGUAACGCAGCGAGAGAGCUGCUCCACCGCCUCGUCGACCUCCCCUCUCCCUGCCCAGGGGGGGACCAAAGUCCCGGCUCACAGCCUUCAGACGCAGAAGCCCCUCCAAGGAGACCCAAAUGUAAAUUCAGCACGAGACAGCUCACAAACAUACGUGUGAAACACGGAGGGAAGCGAGGACGACGACAGAGUUCAUAGAGCCAGAGUUUGGUGAGCUCUCUGAGGGAUUUUAAGAACGCCCUUGUAUUCCCUCGCUGUUUUUGUGGGUCUCAUAUUGGCCCCCCACUUGCCGCAGUGAUGGUGGGAGCUCUGAGCCCCGUUGGCCCUGGCCGCUCCCCGGCGACUGCUCCACUUCUGCCGCUGCUGGUGACGACUGUCCUGGUCCUGGUGCUGUCCAGCGGAGCAGCCGGACAGCCCUGCCCGACCCAGUGCUCCUGCACCGGCACCACAGUGGACUGUCACGGCCAAGGGCUCCGCAGCGUGCCCAGGAACAUACCCCGGAACACGGAGAGACUGGAUCUGAAUGCAAACAACCUCACUAAGAUCACAAAGACGGAUUUUGCAGGACUGAGACAUCUGCGAGUGCUGCAGCUAAUGGAGAACAAAAUCUCCACCAUCGAGAGAGGAGCCUUUCAGGACCUGAAGGAGCUGGAGAGACUGCGCCUGAAUCGGAAUAAUCUGGCCAUCUUUCCCGAGCUGCUUUUCCUGGGAACGACGAAGCUCUACAGACUUGAUCUCAGCGAGAACCAGAUCCAGGGGGUUCCAAGGAAAGCCUUCAGGGGAGCUGUGGAGAUCAAGAACCUCCAGUUGGACUACAACCACAUCAGCUGUAUUGAGGAUGGAGCUUUCCGAGCGUUGCGUGACCUGGAAGUGCUCACCCUCAACAACAACAACAUCAGCCGACUGUCUGUGGCCAGUUUCAACCACAUGCCAAAGCUCAGGACCUUUCGCCUGCACUCCAACAACCUGCAGUGUGACUGUCACGUGGCCUGGCUGUCCGAUUGGCUGCGACAACGCCCCCGUCUGGGUCUUUACACGCAAUGCAUGGCCCCGCCACACUUGAGGGGACACAACGUGGCAGAGGUGCAGAAGAAGGAGUUUGUCUGCACAGGUCACCAGUCGUCAUCGUCCUCGUCCUGCAGUGUGUUACAGUGCCCGGAGUCGUGCACCUGCAGUAACAACAUUGUGGACUGCAGAGGGAAGGGACUGACAGAAAUACCCACCAACCUGCCUGAAACCAUUACUGAGAUCCGACUGGAGCAGAACGCCAUCAAGGUGAUCCCAGCUGGAGCCUUUUCUCCUUAUAAGAAGCUGCGCAGGAUAGAUUUGAGUAACAACCAGAUAUCGGAGCUGGCCGCAGACGCCUUCCAAGGUCUGCGCUCCCUCAACUCUCUGGUUCUAUAUGGGAACAAAAUCACUGAGAUCUCCAAAGGACUGUUUGAGGGACUAUUUUCUCUACAGCUAUUGUUACUGAAUGCCAAUAAGAUAGCGUGUCUGCGAGUGGAUGCAUUUCAGGACCUCCACAACCUCAAUCUGCUCUCGCUCUAUGACAACAAGCUCCAGACCAUCGCCAAGGGAACUUUCUCCUCGCUAAGAGCCAUUCAAACACUUCACUUAGCCCAGAACCCGUUUAUCUGUGACUGCCAUCUGAAGUGGCUGGCUGACUACCUGCAGGACAAUCCCAUCGAGACCAGCGGUGCUCGCUGCACCAGCCCGCGACGGCUCGCCAACAAACGAAUCGGACAAAUCAAGAGCAAGAAGUUCCGCUGCUCAGGUACUGAGGAUUACCGCAGCAAGCUCGGAGCCGACUGCUUCGCCGACUUGGCCUGCCCCGAGAAGUGUCGCUGCGAGGGCACCACGGUCGACUGCUCCAACCAGAAACUCAUCAAAAUACCAGAUCACAUUCCUCAGUACACCGCAGAACUGCGUCUCAACAACAAUGAAUUCACUGUGCUGGAGGCGACGGGGAUCUUCAAGAAGUUGCCUCAGCUGAGGAAGAUUAACCUGAGCAAUAACCGUAUCACUGACAUAGAGGAGGGGACAUUUGAAGGAGCCUCAGGGGUCAACGAGUUGAUUCUAACCUCCAACAAACUGGAGAACGUACACCACCGCAUGCUGAAGGGACUGAGUGGCCUCCGCACACUCAUGCUGAGGAGCAAUCGUCUCAGCUGUGUGAGUAACAGCAGCUUCGUGGGGUUGAGCUCGGUGCGUCUCCUGUCACUCUAUGACAACCAGAUCACCUCUAUGAACCCUGGAGCCUUUGACACACUGCACUCCCUGUCCACGCUAAAUCUUCUGGCCAAUCCCUUCAACUGUAACUGUCACCUGGCUUGGCUCGGUGAUUGGCUGAGGAGGAAACGCAUCGUCACUGGUAACCCUCGCUGCCAGAGCCCUUACUUCCUGAAGGAGAUCCCCAUCCAGGACGUAGCUGUCCAGGACUUUGCGUGUGAAGAUGGUAACGAUGAGAACAGCUGUUCUCCGGUGCUGAGGUGUCCAGCAGAGUGCUCCUGUCUGGACACUGUGGUGCGCUGCAGCAACAAGGGUCUCAGCAUGCUGCCCAAAGGCCUCCCCAAAGAGACCACUGAGCUGUACCUGGAUGGUAACCACUUCACUCAGGUUCCUGCGGAGCUCUCUGAAUACAAACACCUAACGUUGAUUGACUUGAGUAACAACCAGAUCAGCACAUUGUCCAACCACAGCCUCAGUAACAUGUCCGAGCUGCUUACCCUAAUCCUCAGCUACAACCGUCUGCGGUGUAUCCCUGUGAGAGCGUUCGAUGGACUCAAGUCUCUACGUCUGCUGUCUCUCCAUGGUAAUGACAUAUCACUGAUACCAGAGGGAGCCUUCAAAGAUCUGUCAUCACUUUCCCACUUGGCUCUUGGUGCCAACCCUCUGUACUGUGACUGCCACAUGCAGUGGCUGUCAGACUGGGUGAAGAGCGGCUACAAGGAGCCUGGCAUCGCCCGCUGUGCCGGGCCUGGGGACAUGACCGACAAACUGCUGCUCACCACGCCGUCCAAGAAGUUCACCUGCACAGGUCCAGUAGACAUGAGUAUCCAGGCUAAGUGUGAGCCCUGCCUGUCCAACCCCUGCAAGAACGACGGCACCUGCUCCAAUGACCCUGUGCACUAUUACCGCUGCACCUGCCCCUAUGGAUUCAAGGGCCCAAACUGUGAGGAGCCCAUUCACGCCUGCAUUGGUAACCCCUGCCAGAACGGUGGAACCUGCCAUCUGAAGGAAGGAGAAGGGAGUAACUUUUGGUGUGUGUGUCCAGAGGGCUUCGAAGGCGAUGCUUGUGAGAUCAACAUCGAUGACUGUGAAGACAACGACUGUGAGAACAACUCCACCUGUGUUGAUGGAAUCAACAACUACACAUGCAUGUGCUCCCCAGAAUACACAGGGGAGCUGUGUGAAGAGAAACUGGAUUUCUGUGCUCCGGAGCUGAACCCGUGUCAGCACGACUCAAAGUGCAUUUUGAGCCCACAGGGAUACAAAUGUGAGUGCACUCCAGGUUACGUAGGUGAGCACUGUGAGCUGGAUUUUGACGACUGUGAAGAGAACAAGUGUCAGAACGGAGGUCAGUGCAUUGAUGCCGUCAACGGAUACACCUGCAUCUGUCCAGAGGGAUACAGUGGGUUAUUCUGUGAGUUCUCUCCCCCAAUGGUCCUCCCUCGCACCAGCCCCUGCGACAACCACGAGUGUCUGAACGGGGCGCAGUGCGUCAUCGUGGGAACCGACCCUCGGUGCCAGUGUCUCCAGGGCUAUGACGGCGAGCGCUGCGAGACUCUUGUCAGUGUCAACUUUGUCAACCGCGAGUCCUACCUGCAGCUUCCCUCCAGUCUCCUCUCACCAGAGACCAACAUCAGCCUACAGAUCGCCACAGAUGAGGACAGCGGUGUGUUACUGUACAAAGGGGACAAUGAUCACAUUGCCAUGGAGCUGUACAGGGGACGCCUCAGGGUCAGUUACGACACCGGGUCCUACCCUCCUUCUGCAAUAUAUAGUGUGGAGACAGUGAAUGAUGGCAGUUUUCAUGCGGUGGAAUUAGUAGCAUCAGACCAGACUCUGUCCCUGUCCAUCGAUGGCGGGACGCCCAAAUCCAUUUACUCCAUCAGCAAACAAUCCACGCUCAACAUAGACUCUCCACUUUACCUGGGAGGGAUGCCAGAGCGUGCUUCUGCCUCGGGGGGUCUGUCGGCCCUGCAGCAAAGCUCAGGUGGACACAACGGCACCAGCUUCCACGGCUGCCUCCGUAACCUUUACAUUAAUGGGAAGCUCCAGGACCUUGGGGCUGGGUUGGGGGCUGGGUUGGGGCCAGGGACUCCAGGCUCUGGGACGGCACAGAGCACCACCAGUCAGUUGCUGGGUCAAGGAGUGGAGCCAGGCUGCCAGCCGUGCCAGAGAGGUGCCUGUGUCCAGGGUGACUGCCACGCUACAGGGCACCGAGGCUUCACCUGCACCUGUCACCCGGGUUGGACGGGAGCACUGUGUGACCAGCAAGUUAACAACCCCUGUGACGGCAAUAAGUGUAUCCAUGGCACGUGCCUUCCAAUCAACUCCUACUCAUACUCCUGCCGCUGCCAGCCUGGUUUUGCCGGCGUCCUCUGCGAUGAGCAGGACCAGGACACAGCUAAUCCCUGCAGUCUGUCUCGCUGUAAACAUGGCAAAUGCCGGGUGUCAGGCCUGGGUAAAGCAUACUGCGAGUGCAACAGUGGAUACACAGGGGAGGCGUGUGACAGAGCAUCUCCUGAGCCUCCUCUUAACCCCACACGGGGGGUUACACAGAGGUGGCCUGCCGAGGGGAACGGAUCCGAGAUGUCUACCAGAGACAGCAAGGCUACGCGGCGUGCCAAACCCAGGAGAAGGUCUCCCGUCUAGAGUGUCGGGGCAGCUGCACGGGGGGAGCAGAAGGACAAGGCACCUGCUGCACCCCCCUCCGCAGCAAACGCAGGAAAUACACCUUCCAGUGCACUGAUGGCUCGUCUUUUGUCCAGGAAGUUGAGAAAGUGGUCAAGUGCGGCUGUACAAAGUGCUCCUCAUAAAAAAAAAGAAAGAAAGGAAAAAAAGACACAAUACCCUUGGAAGAUUUCCUCCUUCGCCAGAUAUGUUCUGUGUUCCUGCCCGCCUUACUUGACCCCCGUCUCCUGAUUCUUCCAGCCUCUACAGUCCUCCCCCCACCAACUUUUUUUUUUUAAACCCUGAAAAAAGUAAUAAAAAAGAACACGAGAAAAAAAAAAGGUUUCUUUUCUUGUCAGUGCUGGACUGAUGAUUGAUGCUUCCUCGGUGGGGAUGUUGAAUUGUAUUGUAAAGUACAAAAACAGACUUAUUUUUUAUUAUGAAGUGGAGAAAAAGACAAAAAAAAAACCCACAAGCAUUGACUUUUUCCUGACACCUUCCGCUUUUCGUUUGGUCACAAUGACUCCGAUGAUGUGCCACACUGUCUCUUCCCCUGGAGGACUGACCGGUCACUGGCGGCCGACCGCUUCCUGUAGACUUCCUGCUUCCUGUCUGUGAGUCAUGUGUUUUAGGAGUUAACCUUAAUCGGUAGUACCACAGACUCACCACUGAAAGGAACUGCGUUGUGGCACGGGAGAGGGCGGACGGCGAUCACCCCCCACCCCCACCCCCACCCCACCAACAACUCGACAAACCACCACAGUCUCCCAUAACAGGCCUCCUGAACCCUCUGAGACUGUGUGCACAACCCUGCACAUAGCCUUGCUCAAACUUGUGGUAUUUUAUACAGCUACUGAACAACAUACACACACAUGCAUAUGUUCUCACUUGUAGAACAGUCACACACAUUUCUUGCCAGGUUAAAUAUACUUCUCUCUGUUUAUCGCCCCGCUCCAGUCAUGGAUGACAAGUAUUUAUUGUAUCAUAAAUACCUGUUCCUAUUCAGUAGAUCCCCCAUGUAUCAAUCUGAUUCUUUUAAUAUAUAUUAAUUUAUAUUUGUCCUUAUUUUUGUAUUAAAAAGACAUAAUCUGUCAAGAUAGCUGAACUAACAAGAUGGUGUCCUUUAUUUUGGUUGAAGAGAAGUUGUUUUUUGUUUUUUUUUGAUCGCUGAAACUCUUGUGCUUGCCAGAGACCUUAGUUACAUUUUAAUCUGCAAAUGUGACGUGAAGACAUUGUAUAUUUUUGUCACGUUUCCUGAGAGUUUGUACUGUGCCAUUGCCAGAAGGUCUUUAUAUUAGAGUAUAAAUGUAUAGAUAAUUUCCCUACCUAUGUAUUCCACACACAGAUCUUGUGCGUAGCAUUGACCCUUAGAGGAUUCUUAGAACAGUUUUUACCUUUUUAACAAAUUUAUGCUUUAAGAAUACUGUGACUUUUUCUAAAUGAAACUACUUUGUUAGCCCCUUGGUCUCCGAUGUUAACAUGUUGCUGCUAAGUUUUUGUACCGUAGACUUGGAUCCUGAUCUGUAUGUUAUAUAGAACCUCCUGCCCCAACUGUGCGGGGGGCACCUUGUGUAACAGAUAAAUAUGUCCCCCCUCCACCUCUACACAUGUGCAUUGUGCUUUAUAUUCCCUCCCUUCUCCAUCCCCAGACUAAUGUCAGUUCCCUGACUGAUGUUUGUUUAUUAAACACAAUAUUUACCUCA